CUGAAUUCCUUUUUUUUUAGUUUAAUUUUGACUUCAAAGUGCUAUCUGUUGCGUGUGCCAAAUUUUUUAUCUAGCUAUAUUUGGAAAUUUAUAAUACAAAAUUAAGUGAAAAUGAACAUUAGUGGUCUGGAAGAUGAAGUUAAUUCACCCGUUAAACCAGACGAUGCAGAAAGUCCUAGCAAGAAAAAACUUAGAAUAAGUAAUUCGACGCGGAAAAGUUGGAGUUUGAUGGACAAACGAACGAAUUACGAGGUAUUACAAGAAAUGGGGGUUAGUUUGCUUGAGCCUGAUGAUAAUGAACAAUCCUGUGAACUGAGUUCGAGCAGUGGAGGGCACCACCACAAAGGCACAAAACGAAAACGGGACAUAGAAAACGUGAAUCCAAAUACGAAUUCAUGUUCUCCGAUCACAAAACGAAGCCCGGGACCUUCCAAGGCGAAGAGCCCUCGCGUUCACACCGGCAAACCGCUGCAGCAGACGGACUGUGAGACGACUCUAGUGGAAGGGAUCGCGUUUGACGAGGAGACCCCGCUGGCGCAGUGCAUCAGCGCCUACGUGCCCAGGGAGCAGCGGGCGCAUCCCAGCCCAGUCAGGACACCGUCGUCCCCCGCGCGGAGGCCGGCGCAGCCCCGGGGCGCCGCCCCCCGCCGCUGCGGCGCGGACUCCUUCUCGGUGCUCUCGGACGAGAUGAUCCUGAGCGUGUUCCGCUGGCUGCCCAAGCGCACGCUCGCGCACUGCAUGCUCGUCUGUAAGAGGUGGUACCGAAUAGCUUCGGACGAGACGCUGUGGCAGCGGCUGGACCUCGGCAACAAGGCGAUAGCUAGAGACGCCCUGGGGAAGAUCCUGGACAGGAAGCCGGUCAUAGUCAGACUGGCCAGCUCGGAGAUCGGUUCGUGGUGCUCGGGGUCAACAGCGCCGUCCCGCGUCCAAUAUUUAGACCUGAGCAUGUGCUCGAUACAGCUGGAGACUUUGGACCGGCUGCUGGAGAACUGUCCCGGCUUGAAGAAGUUGAGCUUGGAGAGUGUGAACGUUGCUGACACUACCUGCGCUAUCCUGGGUAGAUGUACAAAUUUGGAGACAUUAAACAUGACAAUGGCACAAGGGAUUACCGCAGAAGGGUCGAGAGCGUUACUUGAGGGAUGUGUGAACCUACAGUCCUUGAAUAUAUCGUGGUGCAAUCUGAGCGAGGCGGCUCUCCAGGUGCUGGUGGACAUGUUGCCGCGCCGGCUGCAGCGGCUCAACCUCGGCGGAGCCAGGAUUAUGACUGAUGAGUUGACGGAGCGGCUGUGCGCGCGCUGCCCGCGCCUGGCCGAGCUGGACCUGUCGGACUGCUCGCGGCUGACCCCCCGCGCGCUGCAGAGUCUGGUGACCCUGGGCAGGCUCGAGCACGCGGCCCUCAGUCGCUGCUACAUGCUCUCCGGACAUACGCUUUCUAAAUUGUCAGCGAUGCCUUCUCUGCGAUACCUAGAAGUUUGGGGGAUGCUGCAAGCUCCAAAUCUUAGUUUAUUAAAAGCCAAUCUACCAUCGAUCCAGAUCAACCACUUCAUGUUCAGCGCCAUAGCGAGGCCCACGGUCGGCACGCGCCGCUCUUCAGUGUGGGGAUUAAGAACCAGAGACUGAGUAUAUUUUAUUCCCUCACUGCUGAGGAUCGUGACUCCGUCCGAUUUCGUCAACCAACUGUCUCCAUCGAUCCCGCCCUGCAGCCCGGUGGAGUGCGUCGCUGAUAGGUAUCCCCAGUUCCUCCGCUAUUUGGUCCGACCAUCGUUUGGGACCUCUACCCCUAGGCCUUUUUCCCUCUAUUUUACCGGUCACCACAAGGCGUUCCAAAUUGCUGGUAUCCCUAUGUGCAACAUGACCAAAAUACCGCAAUAUUCUUUGUAGGCAGAUUGUGGAUAAUAUGUAUAUAAUAAUAAUAAUAAUAAUAAUGGAUAUAACACAGCUAUAGUAGAUUAAAAUUGAAAGUGCAGCUUACUGAGUAAUCUACCAGCGGCUACAGCAGAGCGGCCCAGAAAAAUCUUGAUAUAAAACUAUCCUAUUACAAUAUGACUUACUGGGUCCUAUCCAGUUGAUUAUCAAGCCAUAACACACAUUGACAUUGAUACAAUGGCGUGGAAUAGUUAAACCUUCUCUUCCUAUGAGUAUCACCAAAGUAAGAAACGUAUCAGAGAAUGGCAUACUGCGACAGCAAAUUUUUAUUUUGCAUAAUGCAUUUUAUGGCAUUUUAAUGGUAUGCUCUGCUGGGCUAGGCUCUGCUCCUGGCAUUGAUGAUGCCCAUGUGCGACGGUAACCACUCAUCAUCGGGUGGGACGUAUGCUCGGCUGCCUACAAAGCCAAUAAAAAAUAUAUUUCUGGGUGGUAUUAUUUAUUUUGGUUUUAAGAUAUAGAAUUAAGCUUUAGGUUUUAAGGACUGCAUUUUUUUUUGCGUAUAUGGUUGACCGAGCUCUCAGCCCUCCUGGUGUUAAUUGGUUACUGGCGCCCAUAGGACAUCUACGACGUAAAUGCGCCACCCACCUUGAGAUAUGAGCUCUAAGGUUUUUCUUUUACAACGGCUGCCCCACCCUUCAAAACAAAACGCAUUACUGCUUCACGGUAGAAGUAGGCAGGGUGGUGGUACCUACCCGUGCGGACUCAUAAGAGGUCUUACCACCAAUAAUUACGCAAAUUAUAAUAUGCGAUUUGGAGCAAAGCGGAAAAAGCGAAUUACGAAUUGUAAACUGUUCUGUGAGUUUUCUAAGUUAAAUAGAGUUUUAAUUUGUACUUCGGCAGAAUUUUUAUUAACCAGAACCCGUGUAACAAUACGAAAUAAAUUUGAGAAUAAACCAUGAAAGCAAUUUUAAUGAUAACUGUUGCAGUAAACUUUGCACAAUUAGAUAAAUAACGAACACAUAUAGACCCAAACAUUUAUUUGUGUUAAGUGGUUACUGGCGCCCAUAGACAUCUACGAUGUAAAUGCGCCACCCACCUUGAGAUAAUAAUAAGUUCUAAGGUCUCAAGUAUAGUUACAAGUAUUUGUACAGUUAAUACUAUUUCUUGAAGGUACGUUUAGCUUUUUGCUCGGCCGCAUCGCUGGCUUGCACGAAAGUUCGUUUCAACUUAUUCUUUCUGCUCUCCUUGUACUUGGCGGACACUUUCUCGGCCAAUACCGAAAUGCGUUUCAUUGUUUGAGGUGGAUAUCUG